UGCCGCACCUGCGCAGCCAUCUUGUACUUCGAGCGAGGAGCGGACACAGAAAGAUAGAAAAAGGAGAAGGUAAACCUGUCAAAUCAGACGAAAAUAGGAAUGUCUGUAAACGUUAUAUAGUCUCAUAACGAUUAGACAGCCAAGAAGGACAAGGGGAGUUAGAAAAUACGGUGAAAGACAUCCAAGUCCCUCGGAUAUUCAGACCUACAAGUCAUCUUUUGCCUGUGAAAGCGGAGUGAGAGAGAGAGGAAGGAACAGUGAAAUCGCCGACAGAAACAUAUCCCGAACGUCAGUCAAAUCAUGAAUCCAGAAUAUGACUACCUGUUCAAGCUCCUCCUUAUUGGUGACUCCGGUGUGGGAAAGUCCUGUCUUCUGCUCCGGUUUGCUGAUGACACCUACACAGAGAGCUACAUCAGCACCAUCGGCGUAGACUUCAAGAUCCGCACCAUCGAGCUGGACGGCAAGACCAUCAAACUGCAGAUUUGGGACACUGCUGGUCAGGAGAGGUUCCGCACCAUCACCUCCAGUUACUACAGGGGGGCCCACGGCAUCAUCGUGGUCUAUGAUGUCACAGAUCAGGAGUCAUACAACAACGUGAAGCAGUGGUUACAGGAGAUCGACCGCUACGCCAGCGAGAAUGUCAACAAGCUGCUGGUGGGGAACAAGUGUGACCUCACCACCAAGAAAGUGGUGGACUACACAACAGCCAAGGAGUUUGCCGACUCCCUGGCCAUCCCCUUCCUGGAGACGAGUGCCAAGAACGCCACCAACGUGGAGCAGGCCUUCAUGACCAUGGCUGCUGAGAUCAAGAAGAGGAUGGGACCCGGGGCCACGGCCGGAGGGGACAAGCCCAACCUGAAGAUAGACAGCACCCCAGUCAGGCAGUCUGGCGGGGGAUGCUGUUAAACCGGACUCUGUUCUGGAUGCUCACCUCCUCCCUUCCCUCUCUGCCCGGGGCUUCACCUCCUCCACCUCUCCAUCCUCCACUCUUCAUCCCUCAGCCUCCCUCCCAUCUCCAUCCCCCUUUCUUUCACCCUACAGAGAACCACUGGGAACAGGGUUGAGCGAGGGAUGGGUGGUCAGGUAGAGGGAGAGGUUGAGAGAAAGGGAUAGAGGGGAGGAGUUGAAGGGCUAGAACUGGGGACUGACUUGAAGACUAUCUCCCCUAAAAAGGUGAAUGGGGAAAUUUGUUUUAUUUUUUCUUUCAUUUUUGCUGAGCGAUGAGGUAGGAAGGUAAACAUAUAUGAGAAAAGAUUGGUAUUGAUUUAGAGGGGGACUGGGUGAUAGAAGAUUAGGUUUUAGAUUCUGCCGAGCGCUUAUCUCUCACUCUCACACACACACAUACACACACACACAUUGAAAGUGGGUCGUGGGUCAGAGUGAUUCUCCCAUUCGCGAUAGUCACAGGUAUGGGUCUCUCUUUCCUUCAGUCUGUCUUUCAUUGCAACCCAGUGAAAGUCAUAUAGCAAAAUUAAGUUUAGUGUGCUACGAUAGUCUGUCGUCUGUCUAUUGGGCCUAUUUUAUCUCAGACUGUUGGGGUGCCUUGUCAUCUUAAGUCUGUCUACAGCAUAGAGUGAGUCACGUGCACCAUCUGGUCCACGUUUUAUGCUUCAAAUGCAAUAGUAACACUCAUGUAUUCAUGAGUGUCUGUCCAUCCGUUGUACAAACUGAAUUGGCAUUGGGGCAGAAAGCAGACAGUUGUGUGCCACUGCCAGCUUACUAACAUUCUAGUGAGGUGGUGGUGAAUCAUCGACGUUAUUAAUGUAUGAGGAUGCGGGAUGCCCAUUCGUUGUGCUUUCCCCCAACCAUCUCUAAUCGUUCGCCUUUUCUGACUGAAUGAAUGCAUCAGCAGAUAUGGGCGAGAGGAGAGACUCAUACACUGCAGUCAGUGUGAAGAGGGUAUUCUGGGGGUGGUGGGACUUCUCGUAGACCGUGAGAUUUCGGUUGAUUCGACACUCCUUGCAGAUAAUGAGAGCUUUUGGUCGAACUUGGAAUCACUCCAAUCCCCCUCCCUCCAUCCCUCUACAUGCAGAAGGGAGGAUGUAGUGAGAGAGAAAGGGAGAGGGUGAGAUACUAUGUUUUUGUUUUGUUCUGUAAUAUAUGGUGUUAGUUAGCCCACAUCACUUAGGAUUUCACAUAUUAAAGAAUAAGAAUAAGAAAAAAAUAUAUAUAUAUGUGAGAUCUGCUUAGGUCAUGUUUGUAUGUCUUUAAGUUGUCAUGACACUAUAUAUGACAUUAUAAACUUGGUGGUUCGAGCCCUGAAUGCUGAUUGGCUGACAGCCGUGGUAUAUCAGACCAUAUACCACGGGUUUGACAACA